GCGGCAGCGCUGUGUGCGGGGAGAGUCGUUCGGAGGCCGUUGAGCAGCAUCCCCGGGUGACUCCUCCAGGUUCUGACAAGCGCUCCGUUUUGGAGCGCUCUGCUCCGCCCUGCCAGCCGCGCUGUGUCCUUCCCUCAGGCCCGCUGCCGCCGUCGCCGCGCCGUGUUGUGAUGCGAUGGGGAACAUCUGGCAGCUGCGCUCUGCGGUGCGGGUCUGGAUGUUCGUCACCUCCCAGGCGCUGCUGCUGCGGGAGGGAGGCGGCUGCUCGCGACCGUUCUUUGGUCGGCGAAAUCAUCGGGAGAAACAAAAUUGAAAGCGUUCCUCUGAGGAGUGCAGUUCUCAGAGUGAGCCUGCGGUGCUUCGUGCUGCAAUGUGCCGUCAGGAAUGGAUGGCUCCAGGAGCAGUGCUGGGACGGAGCUUCCUGGUGAUGUCACUGAGGAGCAGAACCAAGAGCUGCUGAGGAGGCACUCGUGUUGUGUGUGCAGCACUGCCAAACUGCGCUGCCCGUGGAGCUGGGAAGCCUGCUGUGUGAUCCAUUCCCUGGGGCUGAUUAGAGAUGACAACCGAAAUGUUAAAAAUACCCAGAUUGCCGGAGGAUGCGGCAGCCUCUUCUGGGAGGUAUCUCAAAUCAUUUGGAAAAUAUUGUGAAAUGAUCUGGACGGAGUGCUGCCUUCACGGUGCUUUUGCCGCAGAACUCAGAUGUGUUGAUGCCUCUGCAGGAAAUCGUCGUUAACCUCAAUAAAACAAUGAGUGUGAAAUUUGCCACGCAAAGUAAAUUGUGCAGAAAUCAAAGAGGAGGUUCCAGACCUGGCCUUAAUUCGGGUCAUGAUGAGUCCAACAGAUGUUGCCUGGAGGCUGUCAGGUGUGGAUGAUCAGGAAGGCUCUUUCUGCUGCAGUUUUACCUGAAAUUAGCUGCAUCCCAGUCAGCUGCUGCAAUAAUUACAAACGUCCUGGGCCGCCUCUCCAGGAGUGCUGCCAGGCCCUGGGGUUGGUUGGCUGUAGGGCUCUGGUUGUGGGUACGGGCUGUUCCAGGAUUCCUGCUCUGCUUCUCACUGCGCACUGGAGCGUCCCAGGCUGUGGAUCCAGCCUGUCUUGUGAACGUGUAAUUAUCAUCUUAGGGUAAUAUGAGGAAUGGCAGAAGCUCCUCAUGUCGAUGUUUAACCUCCCAUACAUUUGCAGAGCAUUUGGAUACUCUGACUGAGGUAAUUUCCGUAUGCAGCAUGAAAAAGGUGUUUGGUGCUUGGAAUUGAAGCCUGUUUUGAACUCAGGCUCAUCUUUUCUAGGGUGACUCGCGUGAUGUCCUUGUCUUACCGUGCAGGUUUCCUGCAUCCAGGCCUUCAUGGAAGCCGAUGCUCUGGGUGGUGCUGGGCCUUCUGUGGGCGCUCCCAAACGCUGAGACUCAGCCCUGCCAUCAGCAGUGCUGCUGUUGGGAUGAAGUGGGUUAAUGGUGAGCUGUGCUAGCAAGGUGCGUUACAUAACUGCGUAAUUAACGUUCAGGGCUCAUCUGGCUGUUGGCACUGAGUGCUGCAGGGGCAUUGGCUCCUUCCUCUGCUCCUGUUCUCUGCUGUGGCUGUUUGUCCUCAGGUACUGGGUGUGCUCUGGGCUGUGUGUGGAGGACAGAAUGGUUUUUUUGUGCACCCUCUGGACUAAAUGUCUGUGAUUUUUCUGUUGACUGCUCUCCCAAAAGACUCGGGUCCCAGGGCAGCCCCUUCAGUUGGUGAGGCUAUCCAAGCAGGUGUCUGUAUGUACGGGCUUGAGAUUUCCCUGGUUCUAAAUCAUUCUGCAUGUAAAUGUCUUCGUUCUCACUGCUGCAUUGCAGCUGGAGCAAAGCACUGCUUGCUCAGUGGGGGGUGCUGAUGUGCAGAGCAACGUGUGCAUGGAUGCUGUUCUGCUCUGCCUCCCAUGUGGUCUCCACUGCCUUGUGGUCAGUGUGAGAACAUCUCCUGAGGGUGAGCCUGGUGUGUUUUGUGAUGCUGUGUUUUGUACCGGGGACCUGGUAUUGCACCUGUGCUCUUCUAUUCUGAAUCUGACAUGAAAGGAUAGAUAUAUAUUCCCUUCGCUUGGGCUCCUCAGUCACAAAGUACGACCCAGCCUGGAAGAGGUGUGUGUUCAUUGCCUGGCUUCAGUUCUGUGCCCUGAAAGGAGGGAAGGCUGCAGUAUGUCCAGUGGGAAACGCAGCAGCUAAUUUUAAGCUCUAGACAUCUGCCCAAUGUAAGCUGCAUUGAGAUCACCCAACUUAUUUUACCCAAGCAGCUGAGUAACAUCUGACAGCUGAGAAUCUCGUCUGGAAUCCAACAGGGGAGCUGCGGGACGGAGGCACCAUGUGCUAUUAAGGAAAAGUCUCUGCUAGAAUUGCGCAGAGCAGCCAGCUGUGCUCUUUGGGUUCGGGCAUCCCAAAGGAGAUGGGGGCUGAUAGGUUUGUGAGGCUCUGGAUGCCUCCUAGGCAGAAGCUGGCCCAGUCAAAAUUCCCAUUCCCUUAGAUUUUGUGGUUUCAGACUGCCCUGGUGACCACGAGGUACUCAUGUUUUCCGGCAGGGAUUUCAGAGCAUCCCUUAAAUCCCAUGUAUUUAUUUAUUUUUUGUCAGUGUGUUGUAAUGGAGGCAGGAGAUGAAGUAGGAGAGGAGUUCCUGAGCUGAGCAGUGGUGCUGCUGCUGCUGCUCCGUGUGUCUGAGCUCUGAGAGCACGGCUCUGCAGGCACCCACCUGUGUGCACAGAGCAUUGCAGCGGGGCUGUGCCAGCACUGCCAGACCUGCGAGCUGCUUCCUGCACAGGUCCCAAUGGCUUGUGACCAUGGGAAGGUGAGCUGUGCUGGAAGGGAGGUCUGUGCGUUCCUUGCUGCGAGCUGCAGCAGGAGGGGGAGCUGCAAUUGGUGUGUGGGGGCUGCCAGUGCCGGGGAGGAGGCAGGAGCUGUUAGCAGCCGUGGGAUCGUGCUAUGGGAUGGGAUGGUGGUGCCUCACAGCUCUGCUGCCUGCAGAGAGAGCAGGGCUGAGCUGUCGGCAGGGCACGGUGAGCGGGAGCCUUGGGAUGGCAGGAGGGUGCUGCUGCUGCCUGGACGUGGCAGGUCUUCAGGAGGCCGGGGGGAGGAUUGGAGGCUGUGACGAGCGUUCUGAAAGGAGAGAAAAGGUGACCAGCUGGUAGGGAGAGUUACAGCAAACAGCCCUCCUCGUGAGCCCCGGCUGCACGCAAUGAAAGAUGAGCUUCUUCCCGAGGUCCUGGUGUGACUCUUCCCUGUCUUCUGUGUUGGCUGCACAGAGCCUGAGGAGCUCUGCCCACUGCGAACAAAGCGCUUCAUUCAGCCUGCAUCAUAUUUUUAGCAAAGCAUGAUUCUUCUUCAGCUUCAAAAGUAGCAAGUGGGGAAUGCAGCCUACAUCAGUGCGAGAUGCAGAAUGAUCUCAUUCAGGCUGCAGCAUCUGUUUGGAUUGAAACAAUUACCAGUGAUAUCAGGAGAUCUGCAUUUCUUCUUGUUAUAGCCGGAGACCGUGGUAAACAAGGACUGUUUGCUCAGUGUGCUUUCAGUGUCAAUGGAGCACAACUGGGGAGAGAUGCUUCUGUUCUGUGUCUGGGACCCGAGGCCACAAGCCUUGCGUUUCCAGCAGCUGGCUCUGCCUUCGUGCUCUGGAGACUUUGGGUUUCCUUUCGUGAUCUUUUUUCCAUCGUUAGGCCUUAAGCAGUGUGGGCAAUAGAAAUCCACGUGUUUCCUUUCUGCCCCGUUAGCUGAGGCACUGUGAGCUGCUGGUGUAUGGGUCUGUGUUAUGCUUAAGGCUUAAAAGGGAAACAGACCAAGAAAAGAGUAGAAAUGAGUAAUUCUUGUGUUCACACCUUUGCUCUCGCAGUUCUGUGCUUUGUGGAGGUUGCUUUGCCACACAUCUGCUUUCCUCCUUCUGUUCUCCAACUCUUCCCAGUAGUGUUGGCCAACGGAGCUCCAGCAGCCAGACCUCCUGAUGUCUGAUGGCAGUGUGACGAUGGCAGGUGAUGCUGCUGAGGGACACGGGCUGGGCUGUGUGCUGCUGGAGCAGCUCAGGGUGAGUUCUCCAUUAGUGCCAUUCAUCCUUUCUUCAGGCCUUACAACAAAGAGCUUCUGAGCGAAGCUUAAACGAGAUCUGCGAUUUUCUUCUCCAUUUGUUAUUACAGAAAUUAGAGUAAAGUUCUGCUUAAGAUGCUUGCUGCCAAGGUAGUGCCGAAUGGCUAGCUGUUCUCUUCCACUGCCUUACAAACGUGUGAUCUGUAACAGAAAACGCCGUGCUGGGGCCAUUUGUAGCCCUACAAAGUGUGGGUCCCACCAGCAGCAACACAAAUCCACCCAGCAAUCGCAGAACUGCUGCCAGCCCUGAUGGCAGAGGAGCCCAGAGCUGUGCUGGCAGCAGCACCGAGCGCAUGUCAGCUGCUGGGGGAGCAGUGAGCACCUUCCUGCUGCAGCCGUGGAGCGGGGCCGGCCCUGCCUCGGCUGGACAAGUUCCUGGGGCACGGGGGGAGCGCUGGGAGCUGCUGAACCCCGCGCUGAGCCUCCUGCUGGCUCGUCCUGCUGCGUGUCGGCGUGCCACCGCACGGAGCUCCGCUUCCAUCGCUUGACUUCUGCAGAGUUACAUGGGGCUGCGUCUGCUCCACUGCGUGCGGCUGGCAGCCAGACCUCAGGUAUGUGCCGUGCGCUUCCAUCGCUCGCUGCGGCCCCGGAGCAGCAGCACCCUGUGUCUAUUGUCCUGCCAGCUGGCACAACUGUGGCUCUUCUGUGCAAACAACCCUUUGCAUGAGGCAGUUGUGUGGGAAUGGCCAAUGGCAGGCCGGAAUGAGGUUACAAACAUGUUCACUGGUUUCAACACAUUUCCCUUUGUUCUCUCCCUGGUGGAGCUGCUCAGGCCCUGGCGUGGGUCUGUCCUUGGGAGGGGGGCAGGCUGGCAGCUUUGUACCAAUGCAGUGCCAGUAUUGAUAACCUUGUGCGGGGCAAAAGCUGCUCAGCCUCGGGGUCCGUUGAUGCACCAGGCUGUUCUGAACUUGUGUGGGGAAGCUGCGCAUAAAAACCAUGCGACUCUUCGCUCCGUCCUCACACUUCUCUGCUCUGCUUUGGUCGUGUUUGCUGCAUUUCCUGUAAAUAGCUUUGCUGCGGUCAGGGAUGUGAAGGCACCUUCGCUUCUGGGUCCUUCUCGCAAGAAAAUGCUGAAGCCUGGCGUUCCAGCCCAGCCUGGAAGCAGCCUGCAUCUGAGCCUGGCAGGCCGGGCUCUCACACGGCUGUUUCAGCCUCCUUGGCCUCUGCUCCAUUGCUUCAGCAGUUGCUUUGCUCAGAGCAGCUGGCAGUCAGUGAGGAGCGAGGUGAUCUGUGGUGGUCAACUUCAGCUGCGCUUCCCACGCUGUGUUUGUUUCCCCUGCGCAGAUGAUCUCUGGUUGUUGGUGCUUUGGGCAGAGGGCAGGCAGUUCCUGCAGGCUCAGGAGGGGAUGCAGGAAUUAAUCUGUGUCUUAGUGAGGGCAGCGCUGCUUUGGAGUUGGCUGAGGAGAAGCAAGUGGAUGAUAUCAGUGAAUUCGUCACAACUGAGUUGAACUUCACAGCACUGUGGUGCAAGUUCCCUCUUGGGCUGCUUAUAUAAAAUGGUGAAGGUAGGCAAGAGGAGGUGGGGAAGGGUUUAAUUUCCAUUAGGGGGAAACUUUGCUUUCAAGAGUUUAAAGGAUGCAGCUUUAAACCAUAUGUUGUAUGUUUUUAAUGUCCUAAAUUGUCUCUGCAAAUGCUCGCUCUUGAGUGUGAGGACUAUUUCUGGACCUGUUGCCAAGGCAGUGCCACGCAAGCCUCAAGGAGAAGCACCCGUAUUCCUCCUCGAUUUAGCUCUUUGAGCACAGAACUUGUUCUUGGCCCCGUUUCUCAGAUACGUGGGACUGCUUCUGAAAGUCAGCACUCGCUUCCUUGACUCCUUUGGCUGCUGAGGCUGUGCAGCACUGCUGGAGCGGGCUGUUGGGCAGCCGUGCGCACCUGAGCUGCCCAGCUCCAGAGGCGGCUCUGUCCCGUCUGGGACGGAACGCUGCUCACAGCUGUGUUCGGUCUCUGCUGUGCCCUGUGCUGCUCAGCCAAGGCGCCAUUUCCGUGUUGGUGGCCCCUUCGGGUGCUGAGCUGAGA